AUGACUAUCGGGACAGUGAAGAAAUGUGUGAGCACUGAUAAACGUGGUGGAUGUGAUGCUUAUAAUGAACAUGGGAAUGGCAGAGGAACGCGAAAAUACAAUAUUAAUAGUAAAACUAAUUGUAAAAAUAAUAAUAAAAUUAAUAAUAGGACUAAUAAUGAAAAUAAUAGUGUAGAAUUUGAUGAAAAUUUAGAGGAGUUAAAAUUCGUCAAAUAA